AUGAACAACAGUAAAAGCUUAGAAGUUGGAGGCAAGAGCCCAUUGCUUAUCUUUGAGGACGCCGAUAUUGCAAAGGCUGUGUCCUCAGCCACGCUCUCUAUUCUCCCAAACUCUGGCCAAACGUGGAUGACUACUUCAAGAAUUUACGUCCAAGAGGGAAUUGCAGCACAAUUUAUCGAGACAAUCAAAUCCGCCAUGAUCCAGCAAGGUGGCGAAUCGGACCCUUCUAGUCCUGGAGUACGAAGGGGCCGCAGGCCGACAAGCUCCAGUUCGAACGAGUCUAGUCAUACGUGGACUAUACCAAAGAUAGCAGCUUGCACGUCGUUCUCGGUGGCGGAAGAAUUGGUUCAGAGGGGCUACUUUUGUGAGUCGACCAUCAUUGUCAAUGCCCCUGAAAACUCUAGAGUCAUGAGAGAGGAGAUCUUCGGUCCUAUGUUGUGUAUCAAUACAUUUCGUAACGAGGACGAAGGUCUGAAAAGGGUGAAGGAUGCAGACUAUGGUCUCUAUGCAAGUGUCUUCACUACUUAUCUAUCGCGAUCCAUGCGCGUCGCUAAAGAGCUGGAAGCUGGAGCCGUUGGUGUGAAUUGCACAAGCCCUACUAUGUUCAUUGGCAUGUCGAUGGGCGGAUGCAAGUAG